CCACCUCCUAUCAUCCACAAAAAAAGAUUAGAAACCCCUAAUUUCUCAUCUCUCUUCCUUUUCAAAAAAAUUGUCAGAUCUCCUUUUCGUUUCAUCAAUGGCUCGUACUAAGCAGACCGCUCGUAAGUCUACCGGAGGUAAAGCUCCCAGGAAGCAACUCGCCACCAAGGCUGCAAGGAAAUCAGCACCAACAACUGGAGGUGUUAAGAAGCCUCAUCGUUACCGUCCCGGAACUGUUGCUCUUCGUGAGAUCAGGAAAUACCAGAAGAGUACUGAACUUUUGAUCAGGAAGUUGCCUUUCCAGAGGUUGGUUCGUGAGAUUGCUCAGGAUUUCAAGACAGAUCUUCGAUUCCAGAGUCAUGCUGUUCUUGCUCUUCAAGAGGCUGCUGAAGCUUAUCUUGUUGGAUUGUUCGAGGAUACUAACUUGUGUGCAAUUCACGCUAAGAGAGUCACAAUCAUGCCUAAAGACAUCCAGUUAGCAAGGCGUAUUCGUGGUGAAAGGGCUUAAGUUCUUUAAUUGUUCUGUUUUCUAGGGUUUAAUUUUUUAGGGUUAUGGAGAAUUUGUUUUUGCUUUGUAAAUAAAGCAAUUUACUCUUAAUCAAGACAAUCUUUUGUUUCAUGAAUUUUAAGAUGUAGUUUGGGGUAUGAAUUUUUCAUUAUAAUCAAUGAAAUCUAUUCAUUACUGAUAAUUUUUCUUUCA